CACACGGGAUCUAUAUGACCUCGACCCUGCUACAGAUGUGUCUUUCACACUUUCCCCGUGUAUUUCUAGAGAAGGCGAUCCCAAGCAGAAUAUCAAGACCGAAUUGAACUUGGUUAAAAAAGGCAGUUAUUUGCCUGGUCCCACUUGGGAUAGUAUAGAUAGCGACAUGUCAUGCUUAAAUAUACUAGCUGCACCCAGGCCGACUCUGCGUAGGAUUCCAAAGUCGCCGUUGAAUUCAAAUAAACCACCUUGUUUCAGGAAAGAAUGCGCUACGGAUGGCCUUUCCCCAAUGAAUGUUACCAUCUCAGUGCGGAUGCGUAUGAAGCAAACUGGGAAUUGCGACAAGGUGUCAUGGUGUGAUGCUCGCUCAUCGAAAAGUCACAUGGUUUCGUACGGAACGAAUCAAAGUACAUCAAAAUGCGGACACGAAGAAGUAUAUGAGAUACGGCAAAAUAGGCCACAGCCACGUCCGCGACCCCUAAAUUAUAGUAUUGUGCAAUAAAAUACCAUCCAGGAAUUUUAAACCGUAAAG